UUAGCAAGGCAACUAUGGCUUCAUCAAUGAGAUCUAACGGUGCUUCAAUUGAGAAUCAAAAGAGCAACGGUACCAAGGAUGGGGAAAUGGUCGUCACUUGUACUAAUUACAAGGGGAAUGACAAGAUGCCGGUGCGAAAUGACACUCGUCGAUCGUUAACGUAUCCAUGUCCAGUUCCAUCAUACUAUGCUGAUAUUCCUGGAAUACACUUGACGGUUGAUCUGCACAUACCACGAAAGGACAAGGCUGCUGCUGUUGCAUCUGCAGAAGUAGCACGUAGAGCUAUACGCGACGACGUGGCUGGUGAAGGAUCAUGCGUUAAAGGACUCAUUCCAUUGGCUGAAAGCACUAGCAAAAAGACUCAUCCCUCCAACCACCAACCCUGAAGAGAUCGUGCAGGAGUAGUAACAACCGAGGAAGAUUAUGGAUUCAUCAAAAUUUAAUUUGAUGUUUUAUGUGUUGGAACAAUUGCCCUACUUUGAUUUUGUUUUAUGGAUAUUUUCUAGUUGUUUUUAUUUUUCUCUUUUUGUUUAACAUAUAUAUUCCUUGUUAUAAUUACUAGCGCCCACAAGGCUAUGCAGACUAUGUAUGUAUAUAUGCAGGAAUAAGUGGAUGGGCACAUGGGACAACGUAACCUGAAGCUGAAAAUGAUCAUCGAAGAUAUUACAAACAAUAUGAAGAAUGUAAGAUGACACUUUAUUUCUAUAAGGAUGCUAAUCAAGUAGGACUUGCAUCAGGGCAGGCUCUUAUUAAGGCAUUGGCCUUCCUCAAAUUUCGUCAAACAAAAAAAUUAUGUAUCUUAAUUAAUCCCAUUAAAAUAGAAGAAAUCAAGGAGACAUUGUUUUGGAUAAUUA